GAAACCACUAAAAUUAUGCGAGUUCCUCAUGCUAUGUCAGUGUCCGACUGCAUCGCAGCAUGUUGUGAUCUAUCUGGUUGUGACUUGUCAUGGAUGUUUGAACGACGCUGUUACAUUGUGAACUGCCAACAUAAAGAGAAUUGUGAACCUAAAAAAAUUGAAACUGUGAAGUCCUAUCUUUCUUUUGUGCUGAGGCCUUCUCAGAGGCCAGCCUCGCUGCUAGGAUUUGGGCAAGUGAUCCCAAGCAUGGUCCACUCUGUGGGACUUCAGAAUGAGCCGUCUGAGGAAGUGAGUAGCUUGAAGGAGCUGUCUCUGCUUCGCAAAGAUCCAAGUCUUGAGGAGAUACCUGAAUACAUUGAUGAUUAUAAAGAGUUGGAGCAGGACCCCUUUCAGCUGAGCAUCAAACAUGAGCAGAAGGAGAGCACGGAUUAUGCUGACUGGGGCCUGAUGGUAGCAGGUGAAAACAGCUUCAACUCUUCCAUGGGUGAUGACGGAAAUAACCAGGAAGACUUUGCUGAAAAGAAAGGGGAGGCUGGGAAGGUCGAAAGCCUUCUGAAUACAAACAGCUCUGAAUUGAACUCUGUCACUGAACACUCCAUAGAAAGGUUGUCAUCUCUCCCAGAGAUUACACCAUUCCCUGGGAAGACACUUGAAAGUGAAGCAGCAGUUCAGCUCCUUGCACAACCUGAUGACACUUUGCAAAAAGAGGCUGCUACACCUUCCCCUUCUUCGGAAAAACUGGAUUUCUCCCCAGGUGUGUCAGAGAAAACCCAGACUCCCACAGUGGCCCCAGAGAAUGUCACUGAAGGUGGGCUCAUGCUACUUCCCACUAGUACUGUGCCAUCUGAGUCCAUGCAGCAAUUCACACCACCAGCUACUGCUGGUAAAGCAGAUACAGUGAAAGAACUUAUUGUGUCUGCUGGAGAUAACAUACAAGUAAUGCUACCCAAAAAUGACGUUGAACUGAAUGCCUUUGUUGUCCCGCCAUCGCCUACAGAAACAGCCUACACCUAUGAGUGGAGCUUAAUCAGUCACCCUCCUGACUAUGGUGGUGAAAUGGAGCGCAGGCACAGCCAGACCUUGAAGCUCUCUCAUUUAUCGGUGGGACUUUAUGCCUUCAAAGUGACUGUUUCUGGUGAAAGUGCCUUUGGUGAAGGUUUUGUAAAUGUCACAGUCAAACCAGGUGUCAGAGUUAACCAGCCACCUGUUGCUGUUGCUUCACCCAAAGUGCAAGAAGUUUCUUUGCCUACAACUUCUACCUUCAUUGAUGGCAGUCAAAGUAUAGAUGAUGUGAAGAUAGUGAGUUACCACUGGGAGGAAAUUAAAGGUCCUUUGCGAGAGCAGAAGGCAUCUGCUGACACACCUGUCUUGCACUUGUCUAACCUUGUUCCUGGAAACUACACUUUCAGACUCACAGUGAUUGAUUCAGAUGGAGCAGCCAACUCCACCAUUGCAUCUCUGACUGUCAACAAACCAGUGGAUUACCCACCUAUUGCUAAUGCAGGACCUAAUCAGGCAGUCACCUUGCCCCAGAACUUCAUCACGCUGAAUGGAAACCAGAGCAGUGAUGACCAUGAAAUUGUCAGCUAUGAGUGGUCGCUCAGUCCCAAAAGCAAAGGCAAGGUUGUAGCAAUGCAGGGAGUGCGGACGCCGUACCUCCAGUUAUCUGCGAUGCAGGAAGGAGAUUAUACGUUUCAGCUGACUGUCACGGACUCUGCAAGGCAGCAGUCCACAGCUGAGGUCACACUGAUCGUACAGCCUGAAAAUAACAGUCCUCCAGUAGCAGUGGCUGGCCCUGACAAGGAAUUGACCUUCCCAGUAGAAAGUACUACACUGGAUGGAAGCAAAAGCCAAGAUGACCAAGGCAUUGUCUUCUAUCAUUGGGAAAAUAUCAGUGGACCAAGCUCUGUACAGAUGGAAAAUGGUGACAAAGCAAUAGCAACUGUGACCGGUCUUCAGGUUGGUACCUAUCGCUUCAGGCUGACCGUGAAAGACCAACAGGGCUUAAGCAGUGCAUCUAUGCUAUCUAUUACUGUGAAGGAAGAAAAGAACAGUCCACCCCGGGCGCAUGCUGGUGGGAAGCAUGUUCUAGUGCUUCCAAAUAACUCUGUUACCUUGGAUGGCUCAAGGUCUGCUGAUGACCAGGGGAUUGUGUCGUAUUUGUGGAUUCGGGAUGGUCAAAGCCCAGCAGCUGGGGAUGUGAUCCAUGGCUCAGACCAUGAGGCAGUACUGCAGCUAACUAAUCUGGUGGAAGGAACCUAUACUUUUCACUUGAAAGUGACGGAUGCAAAAGGAGACUCAGAUAUUGAUUCAGCCACUGUUGAAGUGCGGCCUGAUCCCAAAAGGAGUGGUCUGGUGGAGCUGAUCCUGCAGGUUGGAGUGGGACAGCUGAGUGAACAGCAGAAGGACACCUUGGUGAGACAACUGGCUGUAUUGCUGAAUGUUUUGGAUUCAGAUAUCAAAGUUCAGAAGAUACAAGCCUACUCAGAUAUAAGCACUGCAGUUGUGUUCUACGUGCAGAAUGGGCAUACUUCCAAGGUGAUCAAGGCAUCGGAUGUCUCGCGAACUCUGCAUGUGCAGCUUUUGAAAGAGAAGGCUGACUUUCUGCUUUUCAAAGUCCUGCGGGUUGACACAGCUGCCUGUCUUUUAAAAUGCUCUGGACAUGGGCACUGUGACCCCAUAACAAAACGCUGCAUUUGCUACCAGCUGUGGAUGGAAAACUUGAUUCAUCGUUAUCUGAAUGAUGGAGAGAGUAAUUGUGAGUGGAGUAUACUCUAUGUGACUGUAUCUAUUUUUAUUUUGAUUGUGGUCAUGGUAGGGCUUGCCUGGUUCUGCAUCUGCUGCUGCAAAAGCAGAAAGAGGACAAAGAUAAGAAAGAAAACAAAAUAUACCAUCCUAGAUAACAUAGAUGAGCAGGAGAGAAUGGAGCUACGACCCAAAUAUGGUAUAAAACACAGAAGUACAGAACACAACUCCAGUCUGAUGGUCUCUGAGUCAGAGUUUGACAGUGAUCAGGACACUAUCUUCAGCAGAGAAAAAAUUGAAAGAGAGAAUCCUAAAACCCUCAUGAAUGGAUCCAUCAGAAAUGGAGUUUCCUUCAACUACAGCUCCAAAGACAGAUAACUGAAUGAGGGUAAAAGCACAGAACAUGCUGUUCCAACACAUCUGAAACAUGUUGGCCACCUCUGUUUUUUCCAGAACCGAAAGCUUCCUUAAAAUAUCAGCUAAUUGCAGAUGAAAGGGUAAAUUUCUAGCACAGUUAGGGAAAGGAAGGAGGAAGGAUUUAGAUGGUCAGCUAACUCCUCUUGUCACUGUUACAGGAACAAGGAAAAGCACAUCUUACUACUUGCAUGUUCCAUGCUGAAUGUUGGUCUGAACUUCAGAAGGCCUUUUUUCCUGUAUCACUGGUACUAACCAUGGUAAUUGAGAUGCAUACAGAUUUGUCUCCUGUGUUCCUGUCUCUCUCAGAGAAGCAGUGUGAUUAUGAUGCUGACCUAAAACAGCGCAAGAUAAAUUCCCUUACAACUAUAGAGAGCAAUUUAUGACAACAGGCUCCAUCUUCAUUUUCAGUUUAGGUUGGGAUCACAAAGAGAAAGCAUUUUUAGUGCAUUGUAUUUAUCUCUGUGCUUUGUGACUUCCUUUUCUAGAGUAGGGCUCAUCAGGUGGAAAUGUCUUUGUUUUCAAAGGAAGCUUACAAUUAGCAGUUGCACUUAAUCAGCUGUAAAGUAAUGUGAUACAUCUGCAUCCUGUAAGAUGCAAUGUUCCCUGUAUUUACAUAGAAAGUAUGGUGCCUGCAGGGAAGUCCAGCCUUAGGUUGGUUCUGAAAUGAUGGAAGAUGCUUUGGCUCUCUGGAGUCUGCUAUGUCCAGCCAGGAAAUGGUAGCAGAAAGGCAGGAAGGACUCACUAUGAUGCACCUUCAGAAGCAUUUUGAGCAUCCCAAACAACCUUUUGCUUAGAGAGCACUUUCAAGGAGCUGUGGACCUUUUAAGACUGAACCCUCAGCUGAGAUGAGUUUUCAUCUGUCAGCCUCAGUGCUCAGUUAAAGAAUGUGUCGGGCAUUUGUGUAGUGAAAUGCUUGUGGCAAAAUACCCGAUGUGGAGCAGGAGGUUCACCACCUACCUUCAUUGUUACAGGAACUGGAACUGAGUAAGGUUUUAGCUUGAACAUUAGAUUAUUUUAUUCUUUCUUCUGUGGCUAUUCAGUGACUAGAUGUAUUGGCCUGAAGAGAUCCCUUUAGGUGUUUGGGGAGGGUAGGUGUGUUCGAGUUCUGAUGUUCCUUUUUGGCAAUCUGGAUAAUUUCCUUAAGCUUGCUUGUUAGGCUUUAAAGUCAUGACCCCAAUACCGUUCUUGAAAUCCCAAACUGAAGACCUGGCUUUUAUAUGUAAUCCUCACUUGUGGAGGCAUCUGUGUCAGUGGUACUGUCUGGCCACAAUGUCAGCCUUUCCUGGGGGUCCUUUACUGACAGGCUGGAGCCUUGGGCUGAGCUGGAGGAAUGGUGUGUUCUGAUGGAGAAAAGAUUCCUCUGGGAGCAUUUUGGACAGGGUUUUCUUUUUAACUUUUUUUUUUUUUAAACCUGGUGGUGGAGAAUCCAUUGACAGAGAAGGGUAGAGCAGUAUAGAGAUUGGGGGGAGCAGAUGAGAAGGGUCAGGGAAGGGGACAUAGCCCACUUCCAUCAUGAGGAAUAAUUUGGUGAAGAAUUUUGGGGCUUUCUCCAUCCUUUCAUAGAAGUCCAACACAACAGAGUAGUUGGGUUGAACACUGUGGCUUCUGUUAAUGGAGUCAGGCAGAGGUCAGAAGAACUGUCUGGGGUGGAAGGAAUCAGUAGUCAAAAGUUGCAGCAACAUGGCAUGCUCAUAACUGGUUUCAUACCUUUGAUUCUCAAAUGCAGCCAGCAACAGUCCCUAAGGCUGCACUAAUACUGCACUGAGGAGCAUUUAUCCUGUGCUGAACCUUGCCUUUCUCUGGGGAGCUGAGUACGGCUGCAGGAGUCAUAGUGAUGGGAGAGGCUGUGAAGAGCUAAAAAGGGCUAAUGCGAAUGUUUUCCAUGUUUUUCCCAUACCAACCAGCAAGAUGCAGUAUAAAUGGUAUGAUUUGCUUUCUUCAGAAGCCAAGUUUUAACACUACGUGUAUGGGGGUUUUAGGCUAUUUAUUGAAACAAAUCUACUCCCCCUUCUUAAGAGAGUGUGUGUGUGUGUGUCUGUAUUUUUAAAUAACUUGGUUGAUAAAAGCAAGGUCAGCUUUUGAUGUCUUUCAAUUUCUGCUCCAGAUGUGUUAACAUAGU